AUGGCGCCGCCUCCCAAGCGACGCAAGCGCGCCAUUGUCGAAUCCGACUCCGAUGACAAUGAUCACAAUAACGAGACGACCACCCCCCAAAACAAAAACACCAUCCAACGCUUCCUCUUUUCCUCGCCCUCCAAACCCCAGAAUUCACCCUCAAAACCCACCGCCACAACCCCCUCCUCAUCAUCCCUAAAUACCAAGAAAAACCCAACCCUCCUCUCCCCAACUCCAGCCCGCAAACGACCAACCACAACCACCUCCUUCUCCCAAGGCAGCCCGUCCCCAAGCCCCCGCAAACCAUCCACCGCCGCCGGCAACAACACCCCCCUCAAAUCCCGCACACGCGCCGGCACCCAGCGGAAACGCAAAGCAGCGGCCGAAGAUGCGGCCGAAGCCGGCGGACGGUCGGGGAAUUUGUUGACGCUGUUUUCGAAACAGGCACGGGCGCAGCAGUUGGCUAGGGAUGAGGCGGGGGGUUCAUCACAGCAGGGGAAUGGGAUUGGUAGUGGGGGUAAUAAUAAUAAUGGGAUUGGGAAUGGGAAAGGAAGACGGGAUGAGAUUGUUAGUGAUCCGAUUUCGGAGGGGAAUGGGAAUGGGAAUGGAGAUGGGCAGAAAGAGGAGGAUGACGAUGACGUGCCGCUGAUGGUGUCGUCGGCGUCGGCGGCUGCGUCGAGUUUGGUUGGGAGGGCUAAGGCUGCGCAGAGACGGUUUGGUGCGCCGGCUGGGACUGCGAAUGGGAGUGGGAAUGGAAAUGGGUCUGUGGUUGGGAAAAAGAGUGCGGGUAGGAAUGGGAAUGGGGAUGGUGCGUCCGAAAACUCGCAGUCGUUUGGGUCGCAGGGCUCAGUUAAGAGUGGGGGACAGCGGUUUCUGCGGCCGACGCUGUCUGCUAAUAAUUCAUCUACGACGAUGGCUACGACGACGACCAAGACGAAGCCGGUGGAUAUUAACGAUAACGACGCCCGUCCCUGGUCGGAGCGGUUCGCGCCCGUUAAUUUGGACGAGCUGGCGGUGCACAAGAGGAAAGUGCAGGAUGUUAGGCGGUGGUUGGACGAUGUCUUUUCCGGGCGUAUCAGGCAGCGACUGCUGAUUCUCAAGGGCGCCGCGGGGUCCGGGAAGACGACGACGGUGAGGCUGCUGGCGCGGGAUAUGCGGUGCGAGGUGCUCGAGUGGCGGAACCCGGCCAACUCGUACGGGCUGGCCGGGCAUGGGUACCAGUCUGCUGCUGCGCAGUUUGAGGAGUUUCUCGGCAGGGGCGGGAAGUUUGGGCAGCUGGAUUUCGAAUCGGACGACGCGGGUACACCGCCCCCCACGGCACCUCCGCCGGCACCGGCCAGCGGAACGAGCGGGAGUAGCACCGCGGAGAAGCGGCUGAUCCUGGUGGAGGAGUUCCCCAACACCUUCAUGCGCUCGUCGACCGGGCUGACGGGGUUCCGCAACGCCAUCAUCCAGUUCCUCGCCGCCAACAUGCCCGCGCUGUCCGGGUUUGGCUCGCGCUACAACGCUGAGCCCGUCACCCCGAUCGUCAUGGUCAUCUCCGAGACCCUGCUGACCACAACGUCGGCGUCUGCGGAUAGCUUCACUGCUCAUCGACUGCUGGGGCCCGAGAUCCUGCGACACCCAGGCACGGGCGUAAUCGAGUUUAAUCCUGUUGCACCGACUUUUCUCAGCAAGGCGCUCGAAUUGAUCGUGCAGAAAGAAGCGCGCAAAUCGGGACGACGGCGGACACCCGGGCCCUUGGUCCUGCAGCGGCUGGGAGAAAUCGGCGACAUCCGCAACGCCAUCUCGUCGCUUGAGUUCCUCUGCCUCAAGGGUGAUGGCGAGGCCGACUGGGGGUCCAAGAUCGCUUUCACGAAACCUAAGCGCGGCGCCAAGGACGUGCCGGCCCUGACCAAGGGCGAGCAGGACAGCCUCGAGCUGGUCUCGCAGCGUGAGGCCACCCUCGGCAUUUUCCACGCCGUCGGCAAAGUCGUCUACAACAAACGCGGCGGCGCACUGAAUUCCGCAGAGUCCGAAGAAGCCAACGCAGCAGCCAACGCCGAAAUCCUCCCCAGCUACAUGACCCACCUCGCCCGCCCGAAACGCUCCGAAGUAGCCGUCGACUCCCUCAUCGGCGAGAUCGGCACCGACACGCAUACCUUCAUCUCCGCACUACACGAGAACUACGCGCUCUCGUGCGAGCAGACCAGCCCCGCCGACCCCAACUCCUCCAUGGACUACCUCAAUGGCUGUCUCGACUACCUCUCUGACAGCGACCUGCUCUACCCGUCGUGGGAUAUCUUUUUCGGCGGAGGCAGUGGUAAAGGUAGUCUAGGCGGGAACGGUGGGGGCGGCUACGCGGGAAAGGACUCUGGGAGUCAUGUCCUGCGACAGGAUGAGAUGGCGUUUCAGGUUGCGGUGAGGGGGUUGUUGUUCUCGUUGCCGUCUCCUGUGAAGCGGAAGACGCAUCCGACGCCGACGGGGGGUGGGGGGUAUCGAGGAGGCGGCGGCGGCGGCGGUGGUGGUGCGGGGGAUGCGCACAAGAUGUUUUAUCCGACGUAUUUGAAGCUGUGGCGGAGCAAGGAGGAGUUGGAGGGGUUGGUGGAUAUGUGGGCGACGAGGAUGCUCAAAGGGGAUUCCUCCUCAUCUGCUUCCACCUCAUCCGGAUCGGGAUCAGCGUCGGGGUCGACUGCGUUCCGUCGACCUGUACCGAACGGGACAAAUGGGUUCUCCGCGGGGAAUAAAUCACAAACCUCCAUCAACGUAUUCGGCUCUCCUCGCAAGAACGCCCCUCUCAACACCCAGCAACAACCCCAAUCUCAACUCCAACAGCAACAAACUACCCCCCUCCUCUCCCUAGGCAGCGCAGCCCGCCAGGAACUCCUCCUCGAACGCCUGCCCUACAUGGCACACAUCGCCCGCCGUCCACGCCCACCCACCGCACGCUCGCUGUUCAACUCCGCCAGCUCAUCAAUCCACGCCCGUGACCUCGACCGGAUUGUCUCCUUCCAGGGUAUCGGCGCUCUCGGCGCGAGUGAGGCGGACGAGGAUGAUGAAGCCGAUGCCGGUGAUGAAAACGUACAAGCCAGCGGUCGGGACCCAGGAAGUGGUGGUGGUGAUUCGGUAUGGGCUACGGAUCGGCCGAAUGAAGAUGGUGGGACGCCGAGGAAGAAGAGGAACGUGAGGAGGGUUGGGUUGGGGGGGUUGUUGGGAGGGAGGGGGAAUGGGAGUGGGAGUGGGAAUGGGAAUAGUGGCAGGGGGUUGGGGGGGAUGCAGAGUUUGGUGAUUAGUGAUGAUGAUAUUGAGGAUGAUUAG